AUGGACAUGUUGAUUGGGAUUUUAGUAUCCCUAACAGCAGCUACUGCAUCACCCAAAGACGAUAAGUCAAAAAAAGUAACAGAAAGGGGGGAUACACCUAAUGGAACAGCUCGGGAGUAUGAAAGCAGUGCUGCAACAGAACGAACGACCUCCACAUUGCAAGGCCGUAGUGCCAAGUCGAUGAAAUCUAAUACAGCCGGAGAUAACCGUGGCAAACGCAAUCUUUACGAUUUCGGCAACAAUUAUUUGUACUCACAAGUAGCAGCUCGACGAGCUGGUUACAGUCCAGAUCCUAGAACGGCGUACAACACUCAACAGGCGCUCUUCAACGGAAAUGGAAUUGGCCAAUAUCCGGGUAACUAUGGUCCCUAUCCCCAAUACAUAGAAGCUCCUGAACCCAUUAUUGAAAUCAUUAUUAAGGAUGCUAAUGAAACCUUGCCUAGCGCACAGCCCACUGUUGUCAAGACGAAAAAGAAGAAGGAGAAGGUGCAUGUCUUCUAUGUCAACUACAAAAAGGAUGAGAACAACAAAUUACAUCUGGAAAGUCCCAUUGCUUCUCUGAACAAUGAUGAAACUGAGGAAGAGGAAGAAGAAGAAGUCAUUGAAUAUCCCGUGACCCCAUCUCCCCCCGUCAAAUCAACGACGUUGAGAGCAAUUAUUCACCCUGACUCUGAGAAAUAUCACGCAGACAGUGGUAUUCAUGUCACAUUUGGAGCCGAAACCAAAGCGCACACUGGUCAUGACGAGCACGACGCUGAAAGUGUGCAAAGGCAGGUGGUUGCUGUUCCAGUCCCAAGCGCUCAAGCAUCACUGAAAACACACUACAUUGGCAAUGCAAGGCAAGACUUCCAAGGACAAGCGCGCUCGCCUUUUUCGAGCAGCUUAUUCCAAACUUCACCUACGUUGCAAUACCAAGGGCAAGCGCAACAACAAUUACCGAAUCAACAUGUCACUAGCCUGUUUAGGUCCGUGCAACAACAACAUCAGCAAACUUCGCAGUACUCACAGCAACCAAAUUAUCCAUCGAAAACCCAGUCACAAGUGAAGUCCCCUUUUAGUGCCCAAAGACCGCCUCAGGGCCAAUAUAAUCAGCAGCACCAACAAAAAGGACAGCCGCAACAACAACAGCAAAACUUUCGGAAGCCUUUGAAUCAAAUACAACAACAGAUUAAUCAACAACUACAACAACAGUCCCAAUAUUACGUCAGCCACAACCAAUUGUAUCAAACACAACAGCAACCUCAGCAGAACACUCAAAGUAACCAAUACUACAACAACUUGCCCCAAAAACCAACGCCUGUCCCAAAACAACCCAUAGUAUUCCCCACAGCUCCAUCGAAGAGUCAGGAAUUGCCUAUUCGACAAACUCCUCAGCCGUAUCAACCGAUCAAAUUCCGCCCAACUCCAGCUUCAAUCAGUGCCCAGAACAAGCCAACUCCAAUUGCAGUCAAACUAGAAAAUUCCCAUUACAAUUCGAAGCCCUACCAAUUUCAGAGGCAACCUCAGUUCAUUCAACAGCCCACCUUUACGGUGCAGUCUCCCACGAUUUCACCGCCUCAAUAUUACAAACAACAACAGCAAAGCUUUAACCAAUCCCAUAGCUCCUCCGGUGGAUCAUCUCCCAAUUUGAGCUGGUUGAAUAUCAAACCUUCCAAAGAAACCGAGCUAUUCAAAUCCAUACCCAAAUUUGAGCAACACAUUACCGAGACCAUACAGAACAACUACCAACCGAGUUCUUAUCAAACACAGAAUCAAGUCAUCCACGACAUUCCAGCGCCCAAUUUGGGACCUCAACAACAGCAGCAAUAUGUCAAUACCAACAGCUAUAACAAUCAAUAUCAACCACAGAGUCCGCCUCAGUCGCAAACUCCAGUUCAGUCUCAGUUCACCAAUUUUGUGACAUCAUCAAGCAACUCUUUAAACCAACACCAGGCGAUCACCACACCAUCUCCCCAGUUCGUUGAAUCGACCAAUGGUCAAAAAAUAAUGGUAGUUACACCCAUGCCUCCAAAUGUUUACCAACAGUACCAAGCUGCCCACUACCCUAGCCCUCAGGACAACCAAGCGCAGAUCAUCACAAGCAUUCAUCAAUCCCAAGAUCAAUACAACGAUUAUUUCCAACAACCGAGACAGGGGUCGGGUUCGACUCAAUCUGAAAGCAUUAAGGAUGGGGCCAACUCGGCGAACUCCCAAUUCAGUGUAUCCACAUAUCAUUCUGACGUUUUCAAGGAACUGGAACAACGAAAGCCCAACGAGAGUCACCAAUCGGAAAGUGCCUACAUUCCUUCCAAUGAAGCAAACAAACAAAAAACCGAACCCACGUCAACAACUACAACCCCGAAUCCCAAGGUGUUACAGCAACUUCCCGAUGAGGUGCCUGACGACUUGAGGCAGCAACUGAUUUCCUCAGGCAUAUUGAGCAAUGCCGACAUUUCAAUUUUAGAUUACGACAAAGAAGGAGAUAUUGCAUUGGAAAACUUGCCUGCUGAACAUUUGCAGCACUUCUACGGAGCUGGUGGUGGGGCGCAGAUUUCCGAAUCGAAGAAGGUUCUGUCCGUGUUGAAACCUAAUGGCGACAAGGUAUCUCUCGACGCUAAGGAAAUAGAACGAGUAAAAGAGUCAAGCACAUUGCCACACAAUAAACAAGUGGAUGCCAAAAUUGUUCGGUUUGAAGGAACUGAGUCCGAAACUGUGGAAGCCUCCGGUUCGGCUGAACGUCAAUACAACCGAUAUUUGCCCUUGAAAAUUAAUGCUGCCAACUUCCCCAAGCCAGACGUCGAAGACCUCAAGUCGAAAACCUUGCACAGUGUGGUAGUCUUAGCCCCUGUAGAUGGUUCCCUAGUUGAAGACACCAAAGAAGUGAAAUUUCUCGGCGGAGAUUUAAUAAAAACCUUGGUGAAGAAACCAACGAAAGAAAACUUUAAAAGAUGGCUCGAAAAGGAAUCCCGCACAGACGUCGAACAACAGUCUGUGGUGUUGCUUGUGGCCGAACCUUCCAGCACAUCGACGGAACAAGAAAUCUUUAUGUACGACAUAAGCACGGGUGAAGUGAAUAGAUUGAAUGGUGAACUAUCCAGUAAAUUUGUCAAUGUUGCCGAAGAAAAUGCCAGUGCCGAAGACUUGGAACGAGGCUCCACCUUGGAUCCCAACUUUCUCGACGCGAUGAUGCAAAGGACCACAAGCUAAUCUAUUUGGACUGUUCACAGAACCGAAUCAGA